GAGGGAUCGACCGCUGCCAAAGCUCAUAUUCCCGCACCGGAAUAUUUCGAGUAUACAUCGAGGGAUGCUAUCAUCUAUGCUUUAGGAGUUGGCGCUCAGGCGAAGACUGACCUUCGCUAUGUCUACGAAAUGGCUGAAGACUUUCUGCCAUUCCCUACCUUCAUAGUAGCGCCAGGCCUCAAAGCCGCUAACAUCAUGGAUUGGCCAGGCAUCGAAUUUGACUUGGCACGGAUUCUUCACGGAGAGCAAUACAUUGAGGUGUAUGAGCCAUUGCCGUCGGAAGCAAGACUGCGCUCGGAGGCGCGCGUUGUCGACAUCCUUGACAAGGGUUCAGGAGCACUGAUCUUGACAGAAGUCACCACAUAUGACGACAGCACCGGCAAAAAGCUGGCGAUGCAGCAAGUCUGUGUUUUCCAAGUUGGCUCGGGUAAAUUUGGUGGUCCACGGAAUAGCCCUCAUGAAAAAGCUGCGGCAGAAAUACCAUCUCGAGAGCCGGACGCAGUCUUUGAAGAAAAGACUUUUGUCGAUCAG